UUACCAGCUGCUGGGGGAGAGAGACAAGAGGCAGGGAGGAAGAAUCAAUAGACAAAUUCUAAAAUUUAAAGAAAAAGCAAAGCGUUUUUAAACAAAUCUUAGAUGGGGGGGGAAUCUUUUAUCUGUCAGGAUUUUUUGCGGUGCAAGAGUGAUGGUGUACUUUCAAACCUGCUAUCAUAAGAAACUCCCAGGCCCCCCAACCCCUAAUUUGCUUCCCCCUCUUUAUUUCACAGGGUCUACAUAAAAGCACUAUGGGUCAGCUGAAUGCACACACUAGCCUUGGCAGCUAGGUGUCGCACCAGAGGCUACUUCCACCCAAAUGAGUCUACGAAUUACAAGUUGCAAGAAAAGCAAGUGUGAGAGUGGGAAACCUAGUGAACUGAGAGUACCAGGAGAAGAGCAGACCUCUUCAGAGGGGAAAAAGAACAGGAGUCCUUCUGGUACAGAGAGCCUACUUUGGACCAUGUUAAUCUUCUGACCCAAUAAAGAUCACCCAUGGGGAACCAGCCCCUGGAGUGCUCUGGUCUUUCCCAGUCCAGCUAGGGUCCAAAGUGGUGGAGAAGAGCCCAGCCCAGUGACUCGGGAUCCAGAAAAAAGCAGCAGCAGCAGCCUCUGAUUAAAACCAUCAAGACAGCUUCAUCCACGACACUAUUAAGAUUCAGGACUUCUCCUCCAGACAAAGAAAGCACCAAGCAAUGAUGAAGACUGUGUCCAGUGGGAACUGCACCCUGACCGUGCCAGCCAAGAACUCUUACCGCAUGGUGGUGCUAGGAGCCUCCAGGGUGGGCAAGAGCUCCAUUGUCUCACGCUUUCUCACUGGCCGCUUUGAGGACCAAUACACUCCCACCAUUGAGGAUUUUCACCGCAAGGUCUACAACAUCCGGGGAGACAUGUACCAGCUGGACAUCCUGGACACAUCUGGGAAUCACCCUUUCCCUGCAAUGAGGAGGCUUUCUAUACUGACAGGGGAUGUUUUCAUCCUGGUGUUCAGUUUGGAUAACAGAGAAUCCUUUGAUGAGGUCAAGAGGAUCCAAAAGCAGAUCCUUGAAGUCAAAUCCUGCCUGAAGAACAAGACCAAGGAGACAGCUGACCUCCCCAUGGUGAUCUGUGGCAAUAAAAAUGAUCAUAGUGAAAUGUACCGCAAGGUGCGCUCGGAGGAAGCGGAGAAGCUUGUCUCCAGUGAUGAGAAUUGUGCUUACUUUGAAAUCUCAGCCAAGAAGAACACGAACGUGGAUGAGAUGUUCUAUGUCCUCUUCAGCAUGGCCAAGCUACCUCACGAGAUGAGCCCUGCCCUUCACAGGAAAAUUUCCGUCCAGUAUGGUGAUGCCUUCCACCAAAAAUCCUUCAGGAUGCGCCGGGUCAAAGAGAUGGAUGCCUAUGGCAUGGUCUCUCCCUUCGCUCGCCGACCCAGUGUCAACAGUGACCUGAAAUACAUCAAAUCCAAAGUUCUCAGGGAAGGCCAGGCAAGGGAGAGGGAGAAAUGCACUAUUCAGUGAAGGGGUAUUCGCCAUUCUGAAUGAAGUCAUUGUGUUGGUGCAGUGCCUUAAACAAAACGGUUUGAGAACGGGUUCAUAGCACCCACCUCAUGGAGGAUGCCCACCAUGACCAUAAGCAUGGCUCUUCCUCAGACCUCCACAGCAUCGCUAAUGUAAAUACUGUAGUAAAGUUCCAAGCUACCCUUGUAAACAGUUGAGGAAAUCAGAGGUCUGAAAGGUGACUAGCUUCUUCAUUUCUUAAUUAAGUUCCUUUUUCGUUCUUCUCCUGUCUGAAGAACUUGGACUUGUAAAGAAGGAUUUGCCUCAUGCCUACCCAGGGAAUAGGUCAGUAACACAGAGAAGGCAUUGAGUAUAUGUAAAUAAGAGUAACCCAUCGUUCAUACUCUGCUGAGAAAAACAAAUGUGUGUCUUUUUUCAAGCACACUUUAAAAAUGCUCCAGUUUAGCCAUCUUCAUUUAACGGAUAAUGGUAUUAACCCAAGCUCUCCAGACUCAGGAUGGACUCUAUACAUGGGUAUGCAAUUCUGACUGGCCAGUUAGAUGACCUCUGGUUUGCUGUAUCUUAGAAAGUCUGGGAGUGAUGAAAUUUUGCUGUACUGGUGGCAAUUUCUAACCGCCAUUGACGUAAAUGUCACUUUUGUAGUAUAGCUUUAAUCUUGUUUUUGUUUUGUUUUUUUUUCAAGUGAAACCAGAUGGCAAUUGUGUAUUUGAAAUGAAAACUGUGUCUCUGUUCUAGAAUUGCCAAGUAUUUUCAGUUUUAAGGUUACAUAAUAUGUACAGUAAUUGAAAGUGAAAUUGUUGUACUGUAAAACCAACACAUCUGACUGCUAGCUCUCCUCAUGGGUGAUUGUGUCUCAAAACAAGCACAAAUCUGUUACAGGUACUCAG